ACGCGCACGCGGAACGCGAACGAAAAAAAAAAACAAUUAGCGAGCCACACGACGAGGCAACGUUUUGGCUUCAGCUGCCGCCAAAAACCAAAAACACAACCGUAAAAUACUCCAAUUAAACGAAAGGAAUAAAAAGUGUUCAUAAAUAGACUUUAGUUUAACAAUUAAACUGCCAAAAUGGGCUAUAAAAGCGGUCAGAGUCCGCGCAUCAACAAGACGUUGAUAACCCUGAAGCUGGUGGUGUUCUUCAUCAUUAGCGGUCUCACCGCGCUGCACAUUCUGCAUGCCACGAAGCCGCUGCUUUUGGGCCUCAACUUCUCGGAGUAUCGGACAAUUUCAAUUGUUGCGCCGUUUGUGUCCAUAUUGGGCCCUCUCGUGGCUGGUCCUUGGGCUGAUCGUUUGGCUGCCAAAAAUCCGAAUGGAUUUGGACGCACGCUGCGUAGGCUAACUGCCGUCUUUUUGCUGCUGGCAGCUUUGAUCUAUGCUUUUCUUUUUGCCGUACCGGAGGUGGCCCGCGAGCCGGAACAAAAGCCGGAUGUGAGUUUUGGCUGCGAUGGCAAUGGUGCCUUUAUAUUCCAGAAGCUGUGCAACAAUGGCACCUGCCACGACUGGGAGCACAAAACGGGCAGCGUCAAGCUGACACACUGCACGUACAGCUGCCUGAAUCCCAACAACCACGAGAACAUGUAUCAGUUCUGGCUGGGCGAGGUACCCACCGCAGCGCCAUCUACGGAGCAGAGCUCCGAAUUCGACUACGGAGAGGAUCUAGAGAGUGCGACCACCGAAAAAUACCGACCCAAGCGACAAUUGAACCUGGCGGACUUGCCCGCAGACAGCGCCGGCCUGGAGCUGAUCAGUUCCGAGGUGGCGGGACGUGCCAAGCGCCAGGUGAAGUCUGGACCAAAGAAGGUCUAUGUGGAGCCGCCGCAUCUGUGCCUAACGGAGCGCAACGAGAAGGGCGAGAAUAUUGUGAAGAACUGCCAUGUCUAUACCCAGGACACGCCCAACAUUGUGGUGCACGCAGACAUGGGUGCUGCGAUGACGGAUACAAAAACCAAUGAGACUGAGGGCUGGUGCCAGUAUCCCCUGGAGGGCAUUCAGUGCAACAUACCCGCUCAGCAAGUGAAAUAUAUGAAGGAUCUGAUGAAUGGCUCCGAAUGCAAGCCCGUUAUCGAGUGCAUGAUUGUGGAUGCGUACGAUGGCAAAGAUAGUGUGCUCGCUGACAGCGAAUGUGUCACGACGACUGGCAAUGUGGAGGAUACUUUGAUUGGAUAUACGAUCAUUCGUCUGCUGGGCGACAUAUUUGCCAUGGCCAGUCUGACGCUGCUCAACACGGCGAUUGUGAUUGCGGUGCGCGAGACCUCGGAGGGCCGGGGCGAGGUGUGCCGGCAGUAUGUGUGGGGCGCCAUUGGCUAUGUGAUACUCUUCUCGCCGCUGGAUCUGCUCUUCAUGCAGCAACAGCCCAAUAACGAUGCCGCUCUGGCUGCCCUGAUUAUAUUUAUCGUAUGCUUUGUCCUCGGCGCUGUCGUGCUGCUCUUAGCCUCGCAAAUGCCGCUCAGUCCGCCCGAAUGGUGGUGGCACACCAAGACGGGCAUGCUGGUGGUGCCCAUGUCCGCCAUCCGGCGGUAUAGUCCGGAAAUUGUGGUGCUCACACUGGUGGCCAUAUUGUUUGGCACCUUCUGGAGCAGCAUUCACAGUUUUCUGUAUUGGACCUUUACGGAUGUCAAUGCCAUUUGCUAUUCGGGCAUUAUUCUGAUCCUGGUGCUGUUCUUCAAUGUCGAUAAAUUUAUUGAAUACUGCGGACACUCGAACAUAUUCAUUGCCGGCUUUGCCAUCUUUGUCAUUCGUUUCACGGCGCUCAGUGAUGCGCAGACCAAUUGGCUGACCAUCGUCAUGGAGACCAUUGAGCCGGCUGUCAUUGGUCUGAUCUGGAUUACGAUUAUUCUAUAUAUGCGACAUGCUAUGCCACGUAAAUUAACUGCCACCGGACAGGCCAUCGCUGUUUUGGCCUUCUUUGGCUUAGGAAAGGGCUUUGGCGCCUUGAUUGGCCUGGCUCGUGAUGAAAAACAUCCGAAACUGGCGGACUGGUCGUGCUGCUUCCAAUGGCUCGCCAUAGUUGCCUGCAUCAUAGCGCUGGUCUACUUUGUGAUUUACAAUCUGAUUUUGGCGCCACGUUGCACUGCCAAGCCGCAGCAUGCGGAGGAGCUGAUCUCAGGUUCAGCGUCGCAGAACUUUGGCACAAAUGGAACCACCAAUGGCAAUGGGGCUGGCAAUGGUGCUGGCAUUGGUCCUGGUGCUGGGGCCUCGCUGAAUGGCAAUGCCAAUGGCAGCUAUUCCCCGCUGCGGGUAUACCACAACGAGCGGGGGAAGAAGGGCCAGUUUAGAUACUAAAUAAUUUACUAGCUACGCUCGAUUCUCUUUGCCUUGCAUGGAAAAUACAAGUUUUUAGAUAUUUUGAUUGUGUAUUUUGCGCACACAUUUUACUCCACUUCAUGGGGAUAUUUUUGCUAAGUGUAUACACUGAGAACGACAACAAAAACUGAGAAUCUUUUAAUAUUUAGAACUUCUUUUAUUUGUUAUUUAAUGCAAACUAAGCGUGUUCGUAAUAUUAAUUUAAUGUCUAAACAAUUAUUUAGAAGGGAAGCUGCCACUUCCCCUUACCCCGCCCUUCACGACGAUCUAUUUUUGAUGAGGUUUCAUAUUGAAGGCAACACAAUUAAAUAAAAACCUUUGCGUGAUUUUACUAAGCAUAAUACGAAUUGCAUAUACCACAUACAUGAAUGUAAACAAUAAAACAGAUAUGUAAUUAUACCAAAAUAAAAU